CGAUGUGGGGGUUUGUCAAGCAAAAGCAAACAACGACCGCGGACAAGGUCCGAAGAGGUUCCAAGCAAACUUUCAAGCGUUUAAUCCCUCCCCUAUACCACACAACUUCAAGCCUAAUCACCGUGGCAGGAAUYGUGUGUCACACUUCAGAGUAUAUGUAACAGGACGAACAAGCGAUUGCACAGGAAAUAUUUCAUCUUAGCGAAGGAUAUGGAGCGACAAAUAACUUCACAUUUAGUCAUCCGUAACGGUAGGGUAUUAGACCCUGCUAAUAGCUUCGAUGGAAUCGCUGAUGUAGAAAUCCAAAAUGGCAAGAUUGUCAAGGUUGGAAAAGACCUAAAUAUUCAACUCAAGCCAAACGAAGAGUUUGAUGCYACGGGCUGUCUUGUGACCCCUGGUUUGAUCGACUUCCACGCUCAUGUUUAUCAGUACGCUACUCCUCUAGGAGUGAACCCUGACGAAACUUGUCUUGCUAGAGGCGUUACAACAGUAGUGGAUGCAGGCAGUGCAGGUGCAAGUACCUUGCCAGGKUUGCGGAAGUAUAUCAUGGAAAAGAGCAAGACAAGAGUUCUUUGUUUUGUGCAUGUUGCAUCCCAUGGACUCAGUGCUGCUGGAUGUGCUGGUGUUGUAAAGGGUGGUGAAUGUGAUUCUCUCAACCAAGUUGAUCCAGAGUCGUGCGCAAAAUGCAUCCAAGAAAACAGRGAAGUAGCAGUUGGUGUCAAAGUACGAUUAAGUUGCUCUGUCACUAAUGAUGGUCAAUUUGAAGAGGAAGCUUACAGGAGAGCYCUGAGAGCAUCARCAGCAGCUGGUGUGCCAUUGAUGGUCCACUUUACUCAUUCAUCAAUCUCAGUGAAUGAAAGCCCAGAUGCUGGCCAGUUGACUUGUCCAGGAAACCUAAAGAAAGGAGAUAUUCUCACUCAUGUCUUUCAUGCCCAUCCGAGUAGCAUCAUCAAUCCUUCAACAAAGAAGAUCCACCCAUCUAUUCACCAAGCUAGAAGGCGAGGUGUAUUGUUUGACAUUGGACAUGGAUUUGGGUCCUUUUCAUGGACAGUUGCAGAGAUAUGUGCAAAGGAACAGUUUUGGCCUGAUAUGAUUAGUACUGACUUACACACCAAGUCUCUUGAUGGACCUACCUAUGAUCUUCCAAUGGUAAUGUCAAAAAUGUUGACUGUUGGGAUGCCUUUGGUGGACAUCAUCAGGGCAGUCACCAUAACACCAGCAUCAGCUAUUGGGUGGCAAAGUAAGAUAGGUUCUUUGAGUCCAGGACUAGUAGCUGAUGUUACAGUGCUGAGGGUAGAAGAUGUUGAUAUGGAAAUAGAGGACAGUCAAGGCCAAGUUAGACAAGCUGAGAAACUCUUGAUACCUGUUGCUGUAUGGAGGGAUGGAAAACGUUUCAUAGUAAGAAAACCAGACCCACUACCAGGCAAAAACACAACAAGACUGAUCGAGAACUGGGAUGGCCUUAUUGUAAAGGAUAACAAAAAGCCUACACCAUUGGAAUGACAUUGCCAUUAACUUGAAUAUGAACAAUAAUUCUAUUGUAUUUUAAAAUAAAAGCUAGCAAUAAUAAAUUCCAACAUUUUGCUUUUYCCCACAUCAUUAUCAAGAGUGACAAGCUAAGUUUCAGUGGACGGUGUUUACUAAUAUUAUUAAGUAAAUAGUCUUUAAUUAUAUAGUAAAUGUUUAAAAUGUAUUACUUAUUGAAGCCAUUGAAUUUGCACUGAGAUAUAAUAUUCCAUUGGUUAAUAAUAAUGAUAAUAAUAUAAAUUAGACUCUUAUUGCACAUGUAAUUAAUGUGGGUAUUAACACGUUUUAGGGGACAUAUUUCCAAUAUGGCAGCUAUUCGAUAAAACAGCCCCAAAAUUCACUGUAAUGACAACCCAACCGAGAUUUUUCUCAAUCUUGGUAUGGCUAAUAACCCUGUCUUAAAUAAUAAGAUCCACUGUCAGACUGUUCCAUACACUCAUGUUGCUCUUUAUAUAUACUAAUGCUAUCUUUUCCCUUCCUAACGAAUCUAAAUAAUAUCUUAAUAUCAUAUAAAUUAAUAAGGUUUAGGUUAUUUUAAAGAACAGAAACCGUAUACCUAAAAUGGUACCUUUAUACUUUUCUUUUUAUAUUCUUUUUAAUUCUGGACUACUAGCUUAAACUUUUAAAAAUUUCUGAUUUUUAAAAGAUAAUUUAUUUUAAUGCUUUGUUGGUAACAUCGUGGUGUACGGGUUAACCAAGUGUGUCAUAGGUUUUCAAGCACACGAGUGGGACUUAGAGGAUUUUGGUUCUCCUCACUUGGAAAUAAAAAUUUAAUGGCAGGCAAGAUUCGAACCUGGCACCCUUGGCACCAAAUGACAUUACAUUGCCUAUCCCAACCCUAAACCUAACCGUUCAACCAUGAAGUGAAUUGGCUUGAAUGCUUUCCAAUUUUUGUCAUUUAAAAUGAUGCUUCAUUAUUGAAUGCACAAAUUUAUUUAUUAUAGUAUAAUAUAUGCUAUCGUAGGACACAACUACUAGCCAAAUUAAUUUGCAUAUCGCAAUUUGAAUUUCRAAUAGAAUCCCCCUGACAAUUCCCGUACAUCACAAUACUACCCCUUUUUUAAUGAACAAUAUAUGCAAAUCUUAAAUUUUUAUAAGGCAAAGCAAUGCAAAAAUGGGAAACUACUAUUAUCCAAAACUAUCACAUAUCAAUAUAUUGCCCUAUCUUUAAUUUCCCUUGUCAUAAAUUUAUCUUCCUUCUAUAAUAGGAAUAUAAUGAU